AUGUCCAUAGCCGGCCCACGAGGCGGCCCUCCACCACCAAAGCGCAACCCAGCGAUCCUCGUGACAGAUACACGGGAACGCGAACAGAAGCCUUCCACAGCGACCGCGGCUUCCUCCCGACCGACGCCGCAACGACAAGGCACACGUAUAAUCUCGGUGGAUAAUGUAUUACAAUACGCAUCCGAGAUCCCCUCGGCGCAGCGACGCGGCCCACCCGGUGUCAGACCUGCAAACCACACGCGGACACCCUCGGGCCGACAUCCGCUCGAGCCGAAACUGAGGGGUGUCGGUGUCCCAUUGGGAGGCGGACUGGGAGCGGGUGUGCAUGCCCCGGUACGGAGUAGUAAGAUCAGUGAACGGCUUGUUUUGCUUCCCGAGACGAAUGAGGAAGGUGGGACGGGGGAGAAGGAUGGGUUUGAGGAGGAUGAGGAGGGGGAGGAUGCACCACCUGACGACGAGGCCUUGGCUAGACGAAGAAGUGGGGGUGCGGCGGGUGGGAAGACGGAUGCUGAACGCUUACCCAAAAGCCAAAGGACUGCUGAGGCCCAGCUAGCGAGGGUGACGGCAUAUUGCACCGCGCAGAGUUAUCGGCUGAGAAGUACGGCGCAGUUUGUGAGGGAGCAGCACGCAGCGCGGACGAAGAUCUACGAGGAUUGUUUGUAUUGUGUUUAUCAACUUCCAUUACUAGGGGGUAGUGAGGGUUUCCGGGUGAGGUCUAGUCCUGUGGUGAAGAAUCCGGGGGGGAGGAGUGUGUUGGAUGAGCAGAUUGAGGCGAAUGAGAGGAGGAAUUUCCGGGAGGGGUGGGAGGGCGAUAGUGUGGAGUUUUCUGUUAGGGGGGAUGGUGGGGGAAGGGAGGGUUUUGGUGGGCAUGGCGAUGGGGAUGAUGGGCAUGGGAGUCGACCGGACAUGGGUGAGAGGGGUGAUUCGGGGGAGGUUGGUCUAGGUGAAGAAGAAGGGGAUGGAAGGCAGGAAAUGGACGAGGGGUGGAGAAAUGGAAGUACUGAUGCUGGGGAGGGGCACGAAGGUGGCAAUGGUGGGCAUUCUGACCACAACGACGAGUCGUCUUUGGCUACCACCCUCAGCCUCCCUUCCCCGCAACCCUCGAUCUCACCGGACGCGCACACAGUAGCCGAACUCUUCAUCUUCUCCUACGGCGUCGCCGUCCUCUGGAACUUCACCCCGAACCAGGAAAAAGACCUCCUAGCCGACCUGACCUUCUCCUCCACCAACUCACCAACAACAACGAACCCUACCUCCCAACAAAAAGAAAGCAGCAGCAGCAGCAGCAACAACAACAACAACCCCAGCAAAUCCCCUCGUCCAUCUCCCGCCACCAUCCUCCCCCUCAUGACCCGCCCCUUGGACGAAGACGACUUCGAAACGGAAGCCUUCCACUUCCAAUACUCGCCCCACGCCCCGAAACCCCGCAUCUACAACGACAUGAUCACGCUGCGGACAUCGGACCAUAUGAUUAAGCUGGCUAUGUCGCACGCCAUCGGCCAGAGCACCAAACUCUCUUUCUUCGAGGAAAGGAUGCAGCGGACGAUGAGUGAGGCGCAGUAUGUACCCCGCCGAUUGGCGCUGGAGGGGAGAUUGGGCAUGAAUCGGAAGGAGGUGGUGGCGUUGGUGGGGCGGUUGUUUGAGGGCCGGGUGGAUGUGAAUUUAUCCUCGAAUAUGCUCGACACCCCCAACUUCUUCUGGGACUCCGAACCCACCCUCCACCCCCUCUACCAAGCCGUGCGCGAAUACCUCGAGAUCAAACCCCGGAUCCAAGUCCUCAACGAACGGUGCAGGGUGUUUUUGGAUCUGGCGGAGAUUUUGAGCGAUAGUAUUAAUGAUGUGAAGAUGACGCGGAUCACGUGGAUUAUUAUCGUGUUGAUUGUGUUGAGCAUUUUGGUGACGUGUACGGAGGUGUUUUUGCGGUUUGCGAUUUUGGCCAAGGGGAAGGGGGAGAAGGGGGUUGGGGGGGCGGCGGUGUUUAGUCCGGUUGCUGUCGUCGGGGGUGGUAGGGAUUUGUGA